AUGUAUGUAUGUACGUAUAUACAUACAUAUAUAUAUAUAUAUAUAUAUAUAUGUACGCAGCACUGCAGGCUACAGAAGACCGGUCAGCUUCACCUGCUCAAGCACCCGAUUUCAUUCACAUGCUGGACUCUCUCGCUACACUAUAAUUCCAAUUCCAGUUCUAGACUUGACACAAAUCGCGUCGCGUCAUGUCUAUUGCAACACAAAAUCAAAGCACUUCCUCCACCACUGAAGGGAAAUUGCGAGAGGACAAAAAAAAAAGAAAAAAGGGAAAAGGUAAAAUCAAAAAAGCAUGACUUCCAGAAGUUUUCCAUUUCGUCGCACUUAACUAGAAUUAAACUACACUAUGACCUCUAUUCUACUUCGCCCUUUUGGAUACCUCCCACUUGGCGGAUAAUUAAAUUUUGUUUCUUUUUUUUUUUUUCUCUUUUUUUUUUUCUUUUUUUUUUUAGCUCAAUUGUUUUUCUCGUUAACCUCCUCCAGUGCCAGAUCGAUUAA